AUGCACGUGUGCUGGCUCGUGGGGAAGGAGAAAUGCAGUCAGCGUGUGAAACUGCCACACUUGGAAGCGGUGGUAAUUGGGCGUGGCCCAGAGACUGGGAUAACGGAUAAGAAGUGUUCACGGCAGCAAGUUCAGUUAAAAGCAGACUGUAAUAAGGGAUAUGUCACAGUUAAGCAGAUAGGAGUCAACCCAACUAGUGUUGAUCUCGUGAAUAUCGGCAAGGAUGAAGAGGUGAAAAUGAAGCCAGGCCAGGUUCUGCAUAUUGUGAAUAAACUUUAUCCCUACACAGUACAAUUUGGUGAAGAGUCAGGGAAAACUCUUACAGAAGCAGCAGAGAAAAUACAGGCCAAGAGGAUGCCAUGUGAGGACGAUGAUGUAGAGCUUGUGCCCAGAAAAACAAUGAAGAUGGAGGUGGUGGAUACACAAGGCAGUUCUGCAAAUCCCAAGCUAAGCAAUAGUGGUGUAUCUCCACAUGAAGGACCUUCGAGCAAAAAGGAACAUUUAGGGCACUGGAGUCAGGGCCUGAAGAGCUCCAUGCAAGAUCCAAAAAUGCAGGUUUACAAAGAUGAUAAGACUGUAGUCAUCAAGGAUAAGUAUCCCAAAGCACGUUACCACUGGCUUAUCUUACCAUGGGAACCCAUUUCAAGCCUGAAGUCACUCACCAGGGACCAUCUUGAGCUCCUGGAACAUAUGCACGCAGUUGGGCAAAAAAUGAUCGAACAGUGCCCUGCCAGAGAGAGUCUGGAGUUCAGACUGGGUUACCAUGCUAUCCCCAGUAUGAGUCAGCUACAUUUGCAUGUAAUCAGCCAGGAUUUUGAUUCUCCGGCCUUGAAAACCAAAAAGCACUGGAACUCUUUUACUACAGACUACUUCUUAAACUCUCAAGAUGUGAUAGAGAUGGUAAGAGGCAAAGGAAAGGUGGUGGUGAAGGAUCACAUCUCUGAACUUCUCAAAUUGCCCCUCAGAUGCCAUUGUUGCAAACAACAGCUGUCCACUAUCCCGCAGUUAAAGGAACAUCUCAGGAAACAUUGGCCAAAAUGACUUUGCAAAAAAUCUUCGUACAACCUGUCUUCAGAUUUCAGGCUAAAACAAAGACCUCAAAAUGUUAGUGGAUGUGUAUGUUUUUUGUUAACUGGAAUGACAGAUGUAACGUGGGAAAAAGUAGCCUGGAAACAGCAGUAUACUAACUUUGUAAUAGCUUAAACAAAAAAAACCCAGCAUAAAAUAAAGUGACUUCUGAAA